UUCUCCAAAGAAUUUUACGAUCUUCCCAUGAGAAUUCCCAUCGUAAUGACUGUCAGCAUGGUGUUAUGCGGCAGAUCGGCAAUCUUCCUGGCACGGUUGAGUGUGCCUAAUUCAACGUUAAAUCGGGUCUCUACACAGUCAGCGGCUAGACGGCAGCAUCCGACUAAUACUCUUCGGUGGGGAAACAUGGAUCAUCUCCUGACUUUGAGCAACUAGAAUUUCAACUGGCCCUUGCAGAACUAUCUGCUACUGGUAGACGUGCAGGAUUUCUUCUGUGACUGCCUGGAAGUGUGGGACUUGCACCUCGAGACCCGAGAAGGAUCGUCUGGAUGUUGAGUUUGCGAGCUGACACGAUGCAGACGAAAUUUGGGUAUAGAUAUGAGUUGCUUAGAAAGCUUAUAAAAGCAAUGGCUAUGUCUCCGAGUUAUGAUCUGCCAACUUAGACACACAUCUGCCAAUUUGGGACUCAAUCAUUUCUUUAUCUUACCAACACCUCAGAAUGUUCUUCCCGAUUCUCGCAACUCUUCUGGGUAGCGCCAUCGCCCACUCUGUGGUCACCGAUGUCACAGCUCUUGAGGUUCGUGAGGUGAGUAUGAGCCCAGUCUCGCCCCUCACUGCCCGUGCAGAGUGCUCGACUCUCUCGACUGUCAUCGAGCAGAUCGGAACUAGCAGUGAGGCAGCCAUUUAUGCUACAACCGGCGGCCUCACUGCCCUGUAUGUCUGCAGACGUAUCAACGGACGUGAAUGCGACACUCUUGCCAGCGCCAUCGCCGCCGGCGUUGCAAGUAUCUUCCUGAUCCUGCAGAGAUCUGGUGCCAUCUCCGCUCGCGAUGGCAGCACUGAGUCCCUCGUCGACUUCCUCACUCGGGAGCUUGCCGCCGAUGGCUCUACCUUCGCUUCAAUCAUCGACGCUACCCCCCACCUCCUCGCUCGCUACGACUCCGACGCCCGCACCCCUCAAUCCGUCGCCAGCGUUCAGGGUCUCAACUUCCUCAACACCACUCUGAACCUGCACGUCUACGACUUUGGCAACGGCGAGGGUCACAUCUACCUUCCCUUCGAUGAGGAGCAGGAGCCCAUCACCAAACGCAUGGAGAAGCGUGCCUCGGCCCCUGGCUUCAAGAUCUCCUACACCACUCGUCUCCAAUCCAAGCUCACUCGCGCGCACCAAAUUGAAAAUUUUCAGCGUCUUGCCACCUACUGGAACACCCGUGCCAGCUGCUGCAGCCUUCAUGACCUCAUGGGCUUCGUCAAGACUGACCAUUCUGCCAACUUUUACUACCGUAUCAUCCCUGAGACCGUUAACUUUGGUCUCAACUACGAGUCUGUUGAUGUUUGCGGUGGUAUGGCUGGCUUCUUGUAAGCGGACAUGGCCAAAGCUCACUGCUGACUCUCAAUCUUCUUGUUGUGGGACUUAGGUGUCUCAAGAGAUGCAUUCAAUCUCAACGAACUCGUCAUGUUGUUG